GACCAGACGCAGCGGGCGCUGCGCUGGAGCCGCCCGACGGAGCCGCCCCGGGACCGGGGAAAGGAGGAGGCGCCGUUGCCGGGAAACAGCGUACACACUGCGGGCCGGAGGGACGGAGGUUGGGGCAGCUCCGGGCCGGCUCAGUCGGGCAGCCUCUCUUUCUCUCUCUCUCCUAGCGGCGGUCCAGCAGCUCUCCCUGCCGUCCGCUCCCAGCCGCAGGUCGGUGCUCCGGGAUCCCAGCCCCAUCUCCCGCAGGAUCCAUCCCUUCUCCGCCUCUUCAGUGGCUGAGGGGACUCCCUCGCCUUGACCGUCCACGGAAGGUCUCAUCCAGACGGCUAUGCGAGUCUAGCUCAGCCUGCCCUAGCGCCAAGGCUUCCCUGCUUACACCUGAAGACCUGGCCAGGUAUUCCUCCAAUAACCUCAAGAGAUCAGCAGGAAGAAGAAGAAGAAGAAGAAGAAGAAGAGUUUGGAUUUGAUAUCCCGCUUUAUCACUACCCUAAGGAGUCCCAAAGCGGCUAACAAUCUCCUUUCCCUUCCUCCCCCACAACAAACACUCUGUGAGAGCAAGCGGAAGGGUAGCACCAAGAACUGGACAUGUCUACGGAUGUGUGGGUGGGAUCCUGGCGCCCUCACCGGCCCAGAGGGCCAAUCGCUGCCCUCUACAGCAGCCCUGGGCCCAAAUAUGCUCUCCCAUCAAACGUAGGCUACCAGCUGCACGACCCUUCUCGCUCCCGGGCUCCCGCCUACAGCUUUGGCACUCGCCACUCCCAGGACCAAGAGAGCUGUUCCCCCGGCCCGGGCUACCUCAUCCCAACCAACAUGACCAUGCGGGGCAGGGCUGGGAUUCCUGCUUAUUCCAUCUACGGGCGCCCCAAGGAUGUGCCGCCUUUUAGGACCCCCGGGCCAGGCUGCUAUUCCCCAGAGAAAGCUGGGAGAUGGGCCUACCGCUCUGCCCCCAUGUACUCCCUUGCCUACCGGACGAAGGAAUUCCAGAACGACAAGACACCAGGGCCUGCAGCCUACUGGCUCCCUCCCAUGCUGGGGCCCAAUGUGGUUGGCAAGACCUCAGCCCCCAACUUCUCCAUGUAUGGGCGUAAGUCAAUUGGCAGCUUCUAUGAGGACCUCAGCAAGACACCAGGGCCCUGCAACUACCGCCUGGUGGAUCCCAGCGUCUACAAGAAACGGCCGCCACACUUCAGCAUGCUGGCUCGCAACAUGCCUCCAGGAGACAACACUUUGAAGCCGGGUCCAGGAGCCUACAGCCCCGAGAAGCACACCCCACAACGUGGCUUGACCUUUGGGAUCCGCCACUCGGACUACGUGGCUCCUCUCAUUGUGGAUGUGGCAGAUUAAGCUGGCCCCACCGGCGGAGAUGGUCUGGACAAGAAAUGUUCCUUUGGAAACACAUGGAUAUCUCGAUGCUCUGUAUUGUUGCUGGAGAUUGGGGCCUGGGGAGGGAAGUGGGGUGGGCAGCAUCUGAGGCCUGGGAGGGUCCUCAGAGCUGAGGGACUGGGUUCAGCGAGGCUCAUAGCCUACCCUCUCAGUUCCCUUGGGAAAUGAGAAGAAAGUUGCACCUUUGAUUCUCCCUGUUCCCAGAUCCUUUGGCUGCAUUGCUCUGAUUCAUUCACCCCCAAGUCACCCCAGUUGUCUCUAAGGGUGCGUGAGCUGAAGAAGGUUCCGGAAGGCUGUGCAGUGAGAUUGGGGCAGGAGGAAAAUAUCUUCCUAUUUGUACCUCACAGCUAUUACAGCGGAACCUCGGUUUUUGUACGUCAUCCAUUUCAGGAGACCAUUUGACAUCCGAAAUGUUUGAAAACCAAGGAUCAAAGGGUGGUCGGGGCAAAAUCCAUUGAAAAAAUGGAAAGAAACACGCACUGGAAGCCGUUCGACUUCCGAGGCACGUUCGAAAAUGGAAGCAAUUACUUCCAGGUUUUCGGCGUUCGGCUUCUAAAACGUUCAAAAACCAAAGUUCCACUGUAUCUCAAUUUUGUGUGCUUGAAUCCAAAUUCUGUGCCCAGAAAGGCUGAAUUCUGCAAUCUGUAUGAAUGACAUACAGAUAUGUAAGAUAGUUAGAGAACAUUACAGAUCUUCCCUAGUUUGCAUCCUCUGCUCUCCUUCUGCCAGUCAAGGGAUCCCACCUCAAUUUUGUGCCAAACUGGCCUCUCCAGACUCCAUGCUUCCAAGGUAGACUUACACCCCAGAAGUGAAAUGACCUUUCCUUGGCUCUGACUCCCUGCAUUGAUCACCUCUAAGCCCAUUUACAGUGGUACCUCUACUUACGAAUAACUCUACUUACAAAUUUUUCUACUUACAAAUGGAGCUCCGUCCGCAAUCUUGGAUGCGGUUUAGAUAGGAUUUUUUCUACUUACGAAUUUUUAGAUAGGGUUGCUUCGACUUACGAUUUUUUUCUCCCAAUGCAUUCCUAUGGGAUUCGACUUACAUUUUUUUCGACUUACAAAUGUGUGUUCGGAACACAUUAAAUUCGUAAGUAGAGGUACCACUGUACUGGGUGUCGGCCCUGCAACCGGCGACCUCUUCCUCCCAAGACUGUGCAAAGGUUGCUGCUUGUACAGUCCUCGGUUCAUUGAGUAAAAAGAAACGGUGCCAAUAAAAUACUUUGCAAUACGAUUGCAAUGAUACAAAUGGUGUGUGACUCUUUC